AAUGCGUUCAAAAUCUAAGAUCUAGAUAUAGUCAUAUUUGUAAAAUUUCCAGUAUAUCUAUUCGUAUUAAGUAUAUAAGUAAGAUAUAAGUAAAAUAGAAGUUAGAUACGCGAUUAUAUGUUUAACAGAAUAAAACUUAGUCCUUUGUAUUAAAUGUUCUUAUGAUUUGCAGAUAGCUAAAAUAAAUAAAUAAAUAAAUAGUUAAAUAAAUAAAUAAUAAAUAAAUACUUAAGUAGUAAAAUAAAUAGAUGAGUAAGUAAUUUAUUCCAGUUACAAACGGUAACCAUUUUUAACUAACUGGGCUUCACUUUAAGUAGAUUUGCGUUAAACGAUCGCCAUAAACACAACGCCUAAAUGAUGGUAAUAUAUAUUUAUGUAACCAAGCAACCAGUAAGUGCUUUUUAUUGUUCUUUCGUUCGUUCAUUCGCCUUUAUUGACUUUUUUGACCUAUUUUUACCUUUUAGGCCCAUAUUUGCAAUUUUGAGUAUGCUGUACUACUAUGCGGUUUUUCCACCUGUACAAGUUUGCCAUGUUUUCUGUUGCCCAGAUCUCGGGCUGGAUGUGACCUAUGAGGCUUUCUCUCUCCGCACUCCACCUUGGGCACUGGAAAAGAGUAUGAGCCAAAACAUCCAUGACCAGUCAGUGCCUGAACCGUGUGAUAAUCCAAAGGUGGUGGUCCAUCCUGGUACCAUUCUUUUAGGUUUGGAAUAACCGUAUAGGUCCAUCUUCCCUUAGUCUGGCUUGACCAUUCUUCCUGCCAUUUUUGCAUCGAUUUCUUUUGCUCAUUUUCCUUCAUUUCCUUUUUUUCUUCCAUAGUUGGCGUCUCCUCAUUUGUGGUUGUAUUCGUUUCCUCUUUUAAUUUUCUGAUUUUAUUAUAUACAUUUUCAGCUUCCUUGGCUGUGUAAUCCCACGGGAGCUUUCCUGUUAAGAUACACAGCACCUCCGUCGAUACGGUUCUGUACGCUCUGCAGAUUCUGCUAAGGGGUUGCCUUUGUGCGUCUCUUAGCAUUUUAACAUUUAUUUUGUACUUCAGAGCUCGAGCCCAUAUCGGAGCCCCGUACAUUACGACCGAGUUUACCACAUUAUAAUAUAAUAAUCUAGCUUUGUAUCCAGCCCCAUUUAUGUUUGGCAUUAGAAAACUCAGAUGUAGCGCGUAUUUACUCGCUUUAUCGGUGGCUGCUUUUAUUUGUUCUUUAAAUACUUGGUUACUCUCAAAAAUAACUCCUAAGUAUUUAGCUUUUUUGCGCGCCGGGAUCUGGUUUUCGUCGAUAUAGACUUGAAUUCCUUGUGGAUGUUUUCUGCCAGUCAGCAAAAGUGACUCGGACUUGUGUGGUGCCAAUUCCAAACCUUCACUCUUGUACCAUUUUACCAUAUCCUUGAUGGUUUCGUUCGCUAUAAAUUUCAUCCUGUCAAGGUCAUUAUCGAUCACGAUUAUGCCUAUAUCAUCCGCAAAAGCCACCAGGUAUACGUCUCUUCUAAGUUUAAUCCUCAGCAGCCCAUCGUAUACCAGGUUCCACAUAAAAGGGCCUAUUAUGGAUCCUUGUGGAACUCCUCCAAAAACUUGAAUUUUCUCUUUCCCAUCGCCGUCUCCUAUAACUAGCCAGCGAUCACUUAGGUAGGAUCUUAUAAGUUUAAUCAGAUCCUGCGGAAAUUUCCUCUUUUUCAUCUCAUUAAUUACGCUGUUCCACCGUAGUGAGUUAAAUGCGUUUUUCACGUCCAGCAGAAUCAACAGGCAGUGUCUACCUUCUUUUUUGGCUUGGUCCCAUAAUUUAACUACCCUAUCCAUGGCAUGAAUUGUACUUAGUCCUUUCCUGAACCCGAAUUGCUGUGGUGAAAGAUUUUCUUUUCUAAUUGCU